AUGAGAUUCUAUAUAUUGUUUUUGUACCUAUUUGGUACUCUAGUAGCGGCCAUCCAUCUUGAUGACCCGCUUACUAACUUCAACUUUACUCCUCCUAUAAAAUCUCCUAACGACCUUCUGGACCACGAGCGGACGUUAACUGACGGUGAAAUUCCAAGGUAUGUUCUAGAUCAUUCACCGUUGAUCCAUCUUUACAGCGAAGAAAAAUAUCUUCCAGGAGACAUCCAAUCCUUUGUACCGCACUUUCAAUUGGUAACAUCGAAUUAUGAGACGGUUGUAAAUGAACCUCUGAAAAUAUCAGAUCUCAAGGGUGAAUAUAACGUUGCAGGGGAAGUUUUAUCCAGCGAAACCCUGUAUUUACAUACUACAGAAAAGUUCGAGGAAGACCCAUCUUGGUUACGCGGGACUCAUCCUGAAUAUGGAACAGGAUUGACUAGAGAUGCUUCAUCAAUUGUUAUAGUCGUUGAUAAAGGCAAUGGAUGGGUAGACGCAUAUUGGUUCUAUUUCUAUCCCUUCAAUUUGGGUCCAUUCAUCAUGGGUUAUGGUCCCUGGGGUAAUCACAUAGGUGAUUGGGAACAUUCUUUGGUUCGGUUUUUCAAGGGCGACCCUCAGUAUAUUUGGAUGAGCGCCCAUGGGGGCGGCGCGAGUUACACAUAUAGAUGCAUAGAAAAAAAGGAUAGAUGGAGAGUUACUCCAGAGGGGAAAUUUGACAAGACUCAAGUGAUAAAAAGGCCGUUGUUAUUCAGCGCCAGAGGUACACAUGCAAACUAUGCAAGUGUUGGCCAACAUGCCCAUGAUGUUCCAUUUUUCUUCAGUGCAUUAAGUGAUUUCACAGAUAGAGGACCAUUAUGGGACCCAUCUUUGCGUUUCUAUGGGUUCACAUAUGAUGGGAAAUCUUUCUACGAGAAGGAAGGGCAAGAAAUAGGAACAUCUUGGUUAUACUUUUUGGGACAAUGGGGGAACAAACAAUUGAAAUGGAGUGAUCCUAGACAGAAAUGGUGUCCUGUCCAAUGGAAAUAUAUUGACGGACCCAAGGGACCUGCAGCAAAGAAUCUAGUAAGGACAACUCUUUGUGAGCGGAGCAAAUGGUGGAACUUCUGGCAUGGCUGUCCUGUCAGACGGAUGAUUAAGAGAGGACAAGGUUUGGAUGCAGAAAGAAAUGAUUUGGUCGGAGAUAACUGCGGUAUCGCCCUAUACAGGAUUCGUCCAAAAUGGCUACGAUCAUUAUUCCGGCUAAUCACUUGGAGGGGAGCGUUUUGCGCAUUCAUGGAUUACUUCACUGGUUGA